GACAAUCGUUUGACAUAAAAUACAAAAAAAAAGUUUUAUUAUCUCUUCCGAGGUGCAUCGUUCCCAUCAAUUUAUCAUUUUCGGCUGUCCUACAUAUUACAUAAAAAAGAACAUUUUCUGACUUCCUGUUCGCGGACCAAUUGACCAAAGUGCAUACAAAUUCGACGUUCAAUCACGCAACGAUUUUGAAUGCAAAAUACAUAACAACUCAAGCAGUAAACAAUGGACGCACUAAUGGACAUUGAAUCAAAACUGAACGAUGUGACGGUCACUGCAAUUCCAAUGUCGGCAUCCAGUUUAAACAAGUUGCAACAGCUUCCACAAAAUAUGAAUUUGUCUCCACCGCCCGCGAUGACCAUCACCACGACAAGAAUAUCAGCCGACAUUACAACGCCGUUAACAUCGGUGAACUCAAUUCCGUCAUCCAUUGGCAAUUCGUCGGGCUUAUCGAAAUAUGGUCAACUGCUGUCGCUGAUCGAAGAAAUGGGACGAGAUAUACGUCCAACAUAUUCGGGGAGCCGAAGUUCGGCGGAACGAUUGAAACGAGGAAUUGUCCAUGCCCGAAUUCUGGUGCGAGAAUGUUUAUUGGAAACGGAACGAUCAGCUAGACAAUGAAGACUGGAUGGACGAAGUAUGUUCAUCGUUUUCUGGUGGAGUUGUUCACAAUAUUUCGAAUGUUUUCAUCAGUCCGUCCUACCCGUCAUUUUGUAUCAUCCCUGGAAAUAUUGUUCGAACGAACACUAAUUUCUACCAUGUCGUCUGUUUCCUCUUUUUGUACCAAAAAAAAAUUGUUUUUUUAAUUACUUUAACCAAAACAAGAUUAGCGUAGCACGCGACUUUAGUGGCCGACGUGACGAAUUCACAUUUAAAGAACAAAAAAUUUCGUUUUUAGUAGAUGCCAUUUCAUAUCGUUAAUUGUCAAGUGUUUCUUUCUAUCCAUCUAAAUAUAGAUUUGUAAUUAUUGUAAGUUAUACCUAUCUGCGCCACACGAACCACACACACCAAAUUGCAGACGUGUGCGAAAUAUGUAGUGCAUUUCAAUCAAUUGAGAGUUUUAUUGUUAAAGAAAAGGGAAAAGAAAAAUAAACAAAUGAUAAGAAUCGAUAGCAUGACACAAAGUACAAAUAAUAAAAAGAAAAAUGAGAAUCAAAAACAAUAAUUUUAAUAAACUGAAGGCAUUUUGUUGAACUCAGGUUAAUUACUUACAAAAAUAUAGACGUAAGCCAAAUAUGAAAACAACAACAAGUAAAGUAAACGUUUAACGCGAAGUAAAGAGUAUACCAUACAUGUAGAUUGUAAAGACAAAAUAAACAAAAAUUACUUAGAAGAACAGA